AUACGCCAUAAAAUUAAAAAAAAUAUCCAUCUUGUCUAUGACAAAUCUUACGAAGGCGAGCUUUUCGGACAACAAUUUAACGUUUAUAACGCUUUACUCGAUUUAAAAAAAACUAUAAAAAUAACAAAAUUAUAGGUAUUUGGAUUCAUAAGGUGUUGGCAAAAUAUUAGUUCAAGAUGGCUGUAAAUGUGUAUUCCACAAAUGUGACAUCGGAAAAUCUAUCCAGGCACGAUAUGUUAGCGUGGGUUAAUGACUGCCUUCAAUCAAACUUUGCUAAAAUCGAAGAGCUAUGUACCGGUGCCGCGUAUUGUCAGUUCAUGGACAUGUUGUUUCCUGGUAGUGUUCCUAUGAAGCGUAUUAAAUUCAAGACAAACCUAGAACAUGAGUACAUUCAAAACUUCAAAAUAUUACAGGCUGCCUUUAAAAAAAUGUCUGUAGAUAAGGUAAUACCAGUGGACAAGCUGAUCAAGGGGAGGUUUCAAGAUAAUUUUGAGUUUUUGCAGUGGUUUAAAAAGUUUUUUGAUGCCAACUAUGAUGGAAGGGAGUAUGAUGCGUUUGAGGCCCGCGGUGGUUUAACGAUCGGGUCGGGCGCGUGCGACAGCGGCGUGCCCCUGUGCGCGGGCGCGGUCCCGCCGCCGCCGCGCGCGCGCCGCGCUGUGCCGAUGCACCACUCGGGCAUUGGCAAGGCGAACAGUACAGUAAGAUCUCCACCGGUCAACUUAUCCAGAAUAAACCAAACUGGAAAAGGCGACUCCAAAGUAAUUGACGAACUCAAUCACCAGAUUAAUGAAUUAAAAGCAACAGUCGACGGCCUUGAAAAGGAAAGGGACUUCUACUUCGGAAAACUUCGGGAUAUAGAGGUGAUCUGUCAAGAGAUGGACGAAGAGCACAAUGCUCCAAUAGUUCAAAAGAUUCUGGACAUCUUAUAUGCAACUGAGGAUGGAUUUGCGCCCCCAGAGGAAAUGGACGGCGAAAACCCUCACCCACCAGAGGAAGACGAAUAUUGAGAAUAUAACAUCUAUGCGUAUCAUAGUGCUCUUUGUAUAUUAUAAACUCGAAA